AUGAUGGAUGAUGAGAUGGCGACGUCUUCAAAAAAUGACGAACUGUUUCGUUCUCCAACCGGGCAACAAAAUUAUUACGACAAAUUUGACUCACCUCUUUCCACAAAGCGUGAAAAGAUGCGUGAAAAUUGUGGAAGAAAACCUUGUUCUGUUCCAAGAGCUGUGCGAACGGCUCCACCACUGAGUCGAAUUUAUCCGCGGCGGUUCGCACUCCAGACACCCCAUCAGGUCUCUUUCCGAGGAAUUCCGGAUGAUAACAUUAUUGCUCACAGUCCAAUAUACAACCCCAGUAUUGGUGUGCCGUAUUUCGAGCAGUGUUAUACUAUUGAAAGAAAACUUGGACAGGGUUCAUUUGGAGAGGCCUACGCUGUUUACUGUAAAGAAGACGGUCGACGAUACGCAGUGAAACGUGCAUUGGACGCAUUUCGAAGUUCAGCGGAUCGUACCUUGAAGUUGCGUGAAGUCCAAAAGCAUGAGCUCUUGCCGAAACACAUCAACCUCGUCCAGUUUUACAAGGCCUGGGAAGAGAACGGUCGUUUAUACAUUUUGACGGAGUUAUGUGAAAGAAGUCUGCUCGACUACUGUACGGAACUUCAUACUAUACCGGAACGUGAAAUCUGGAACAUCUUCAUUGAUCUCUUGAAGGACACAACAUACACUCCUGAGGAGGGAGACGCGAAAUACCUAGCGCCUGAAGUCUUGAAUGCGUCUCCUACAAAAGCCGCCGAUGUGUUCAGCAUAGGAAUUACUAUACUCGAGGUCACCACCGACAUAGAUCUGCCUUCUCGCGGCGAUACAUGGCACCAGAUUCGAAGUGGUCACAUACCGGACAGAUUUUUCAAAGGUGUUUCCAAAGAUCUCACUCGUCUCAUCAAAUGGCUGAUGUCACCAGAUCCUGCUUCGCGUCCCACGACAGCUCAAGCUCUAUCGGAUGCUGCAAUCGCUUGCAGAACACCGAUUCGGUCUACCUAUCUCGCGUACCACCAAGUGAUGGUCACAGUCAGCGAACACACCGGUAGCGUUCUGCUUUGGUUAGUGGCACUGGUCCAUCUGCUGGCUAUUCCGUUCCUAAUGUUCUUCGAUGCUCUGCGUAGAAAGAAGAACGAUGUCUGUACAACGCCGUACAAGGGGACUGUGUAUUUCACGGCGCACACUCCAGAGGUGAAUGGAUCCAUACGUCAUAAGCGAAUGUCCCGCUGGGGUGAUGACGAGAGUGACUCAGAAGGCCGUCUAUCCCGACACAGCUUCACGACGUUGAGCCGACGAUUUUUGGAAAUGGACGACCAUCCCAGCAAUGGCGACCCCUUUCCGAGGUACCGACUGAACUUUGAUGAAGACACACCGUCGUCCUCAAGUGAACACAAUAGAGCUGCGCACACUCCACCAGAGAACACUACACCUAUGAGCCGUCUGUCGAAGUCAGAAGGUAAGAGUCGUAGAGCCGAUUCACGAGUGUCAGCUAGUGAAGCCAGUAAGAGGAAGGCAGGAUGUGGGGACUGGUCGCCAACAAACCACGGACGUGUCUUUAAUUCUGAUGACGACUCAUUCGAACGUUCACCAAAGAGUAGAAUGACGAUGUCUUGCCCACCGUAUCAUCAGCCUCUUCGACUUCGAUACCGUAAUCGUCCUAUUCCUCGUCUGGAUUUUUCGCGUGUAGAUGAAUUCCCGGAAAAUUUCUCGUCACCGGCAACUACAACCGAUUCCACGGCGUCGUCGUUGUCAUCUAAUAAUGAAACAAGAUCGCGCUCAAAAGUUUGUAAGCAUAAUCGGAUGAUAUCUAGCACGACAAGCUCCGCUGAAGAAAGUGCCUAG